GAACUUUCUACCAAACUCCCUUACUGUAAGGAGAACGUGUGUCUGGCAUACGGUCUGGAUUGGUCCGUUUACGCAGUCGGCUCCCAGGCACACGUUUCCUUCCUUGACCCCCGGCAGUCAUCUCAGAACAUCAAAUCUGUGAGCUCCAGGGAGCGCGGCAGUGGUAUUCGCUCUGUGAGCUUCUAUGAACACAUAGUGACGGUAGGCACUGGCCAAGGUUCCCUGCUCUUCUACGAUAUCAGGGCUCAGCGUUUUCUGGAUGGUCCAUCCAGCUCACCCGGCGGGUACCGGAAUCGCACAGCAGAGGGCAUCCUGAAACUCACCACAGGGAGGGGAUGGCUGAAUCACGACGAAACAUGGAGAAGUUAUUUUUCAGAUGUCCACUCCUUCCCGAAUGCCGUAUACACGCACUGCUAUGACGACUCCGGCACCAAACUUUUCGUGGCCGGCGGCCCCCUGUGUUCAGGCCUACACGGAAACUACGCUGGUCUCUGGAGUUAGCCUCCAUCAUCCUUCCAUUUCCCUCUCACGUACCAUGUGCUUUCAUCAUCCAUUUUCUCCUCACUCAUUUUCAUUUCCGGUUUAGCUUCUAUCCACGAUCAUCCUCUCUUUCUCAAAGGACUCAGGAGCAUAGAUGUGGUUCUCUACUGUUUAUGUGCUUGGUCUCAUGUCUUUCAAUUUUCAUUUGCCUGGUGUCCUCCUGAAUUUAUAUGUGUUUAUGUUUGUGUGUGUGCGUAUGUGUGUGUGUGUGGGGAGAAAAAAAAGGCAAAGAAAAAGAAAAGGCAUGACCAGCACUGAUGCCUGAUCUUAAGAGAGGAGUCUGGAAAGGAUGAAAGAGGUUUUUUUCCUCUGUACAUCAGCUGGCUGAACCUUUGAGAACUGUGGAAUUGUGUAAAAUAUAUGAAAAUAUUUAACAGUCUCUCUGUUAGGCAUUGUUUUUUCUUUUUUAUAAAAGACAUGGCGUUUUGAGUUUGUUUUGCUGUGUUUUUUUUUUUUUUCCAAAGACCUGCCAAUUAGCUCAUUUUCUUGGCUCGCAGUGGACUGAUAAGACAUUGUAGAACCUCAAAAGGCUGAAAAUCGGCAUUAAAGAUGAAUCUUGGUGAAAUGAACGGACAGCCUGACCUCUAACCUCGCUGUGGACACUGAGGUCAAGACUGCAGUUAUAUGAAGAGCACAGAGUGAACGUGGACACGAGUCGGAUAGCGUUCAAUGAAGACACACCCGCUGUUUUUCUUUUUCCUCUUUUUCCAAAAUAAUGGCAGGGAGAGACAAAUCGCAGAAUCCGUUUGUGUUCUGUUUGAGGUAUCUUGGAGAAUGCCUCUUUUUAUUGCUGAUUCUGUACUAACACGCAUAAGCUCGCAUCAAGAUUGCAAUUUUCCCUCUGUGACAUUUAGACGUCUUAUUUAUUUUGUAUUGUUGCUGUCACUAGCACUCAUGACGUUCAGGUACAAUCAUAUUUGUUAGGAUUUUUGCUUCUCAUCUUCUCUGCUUAAAGGCAGGGCAGUGUUGUGUGACAUUGUUGCCUUUUCAGAGUCUUUCUGUGAAAGACUGUUGCAGAUUGAAUUUGUUUAGGCCUUUUUUUGUCUUUUUACAUGAUGAUCUUCAUGGAAUUGUCACAAAAUUGCUAGUACAAUGAACACCGUAACAGGCAUAUAUUAAGCAGAAAUUACCCAUCACUUUUAAAAUGUAUUUUAUAUAUAAAUGUAAAUGUAUACAUAUUUGGAAUCUAAUAGAGGGAGAUUACAAUUUAUGUAAAUGUCAGAGGAUAUAUGUGCGUGUGUGAGUGAACUAAUCUGUCAUUAUUUUGGUGGUGCCCUUUUUUAUACUCACUUCCUGAAUGUUUUUACAGACUACAAGUGUAAAGAUAUUGUACAAUAUCAAAACAAAACAGAAGAACAGCAACACGAGACAUUCUUCAAAAAGAAAAUGAAUAAAAGUUUAUUGAUGUAUUUUUCUUCCA